AUGAUACCGCAACAAAACAUGCUGCCUCACAUUGAAUAAUUCACUCUGCAGUAGUUAGCUAAAAAAAAAAAUAUUAAUUUCAACGUGAUGCUCUCAUUACCGUUUCUCCUGAAAGACAAGGCUUUAGAGGAUAGAAAGGAUACUAUUGCCAUCUAUCGAAAACGCAAAUUUGAGGCUCUGAAGCCUGAGAAGCAUAAGGUGACUUUGAUCAACAACGGUCGCAUUCAUUGUCCUGAAUUUUGGUCGGAUAAAUAUUAGAGCACUGCUUUACGAGAUUCACAUAUCAGCAGAAACUUAGAGAAAUAUAGAAAGAAUAUAAAAAAUAACAUCUAAGAUUAUUUAGUAAAUUUUGAUAUGCAAGCUAAAAAAUAAAUGGAAGAAGCAAAAAGAAUUAAUUUUAAAGAAAUCUUCAAAAAGCAACCUUCAAACUCAGAUGAAGAACCUGCUCCAUCAAAUAAUGAGUUAAAUCUCAGUCAAUGCACUUAAGAUGAAAUUAUUAACUAUUACAGAGAUGUAAAAAAGAAGGUUCCUCUUCCUGCUUAUAAAAUCAAUUUGAAAAAUCUUAAUAAGAUUGAUAAUCAAACUUGUAGUAGUGUUAAAUAAAGUUUUAUUGAAAAAUUCCAUAAGGUUAUAAGUACUUGUGAUAUAAAUUCUAGUGUAUCUUAUAGAAAUUCUGUCGAUAGCAUGAACACUUGUGGAUAGCCAAAUCAUAAGUUAAGGAAUAAAAAUGCCUUGGGUAGCAAAACCAGCAGAAGUCAUUAUAAUUGA